GGUUGUGUCCCACUCGGGCCGCCGUCCUCUGGCGCGGCCCGGAAGUGUGUGUUUGUGUGUGGGGAGGCGGUGCCAGCAGCAGCGCAGCUUUGGUCGGGGGCAGCGGCCAUGAGCAAAAGGAACCAGGUCUCCUACGUGCGGCCGGCCGAGCCCGCCUUCCUCAGCCGCUUCAAGCGGCAGGUCGGGUAUCGGGAGGGGCCCACGGUGGAAACCAAGAGGGAGCAGCUUCCGCUUGCAGAUGACGAUAGUGAGAACGGCAGUGACAAGGAAGAUGAGCAGCCUCAAGUGGUAACACUGAAAAAAGGGGACUUAACUGCUGAAGAAGCAAUGAAAAUUAAACAGCAGAUCAAAGAGGCCUUAAAGUCAAAUGAAUCAGAUGGUGAACCAGAACCUGCUGAUGGAAAAAUUAUGUUCAGGAAGCCAGCCAAACGUUCAUCAGAGAAGGUUUUGGACUUCAAUGUAAGUUCAAGUAAGAAGAUGAAAGAGGCAAAGAAAACUAAGAGAGAAGCAACUACUCCUCAGAGUCCAGCUAAGCAAAUAAAAAAUAGCAGUCUCCUCUCAUUUGAUGAUGAGGAAAAUGAUGAUUAAGAGUUGUAUUUUUUUAUAUUUUACUUACCCUUCUAGAGAUCUGAGUAAGAUUGUUUUUGUAGAAAUUGAAGCAUGGUGUCUGAGUCGUCUCUUACUUUGUUAUAGUCCAACUAGAGAAACAUAGUAUAAAAGUAGCAAGAGUUAAGUCUUUGCAGUUCAGAUGGAACUAUAUGAACAGUAUUUCAUGUCUUUAUUUUAAAAGAGAAUCUAACCAUGUGUGUAAAAGCUAUUUGAGAUCACAAAUGAGUAGCAAAAUAUACCUGUACAUACCCAGUUUAUCUAAAUUUUCAAUCAAUACAUUUUAAAAUGUCCUCCGUUACUAAAAAUUUAUUUCUUCGCUCUUUACUGGACUUAGUUGACAGUCGUGUGGUUUUUUAUCGGUUACUGUUGACUUGACAUUGAAAAGAGAGAGACUUCAUUGCUGUGGAACAGAGACUAAAGUUUUCUGUCUCAUAGCAUAGCAAAAAUUUGCACUAACUUUUGCACGUGUGGUUCAGCAGAUUAGCUCUUCACAGAGCCCUGGCAGUAAGUUAGUCUGCAGUUGCUAAAAUCGUAUAGUCUUAAUCCUGUCUUUGGUGGAAGCACUCUAAGAAGCAUCAAAUUCAUUUGAAUUGAUUGUGCUAGCAAGAUAUAAAAGAUUUUUGUAGUUGAUGGUAUCAACUAAUGCGAAAGAAAGAUGCCUAAACCCUUGGAGAUUGUGCACUUUGGUUGUCAUCGCACUGAUGGGCUCAGUGGUUUGGUGGUGGGGUUUUUUUGAAGUAUAUUUGUUCCAGUUGGCUACAUAUGUGCUUAUAAUUAUUUGGGAUCUCAAACAGCUUAUUUUAAAAAAAUGUAUUUAAUCUUUAAUCUGUGAAAAGCGUUAUUUUGGUUUUCUUCAAGUAGGAAAUUGUAAACAGGAAAUUUAGGUCAAGAAAUGUGAUAGCUGUGAUACAAAGUUUUAAAAUUUUUCAGUUGCCCAUAUACAGUGCACUGAAAGUGAUCAUUUCUGUACCAUUUCUGUAACAGGAUGUACUGAAAUUGAAAAUAACGCUGAGAGCUGAUGGAAUUGGGGAGAACAAGGUGGUGGAAAUGGGAUUAGUGGCUUUGAAAUUAUUUGGAAGAAUGGUGUGUUCUGUAACCAUAUUUAAGGAAGACCCGAGACUGCUGCAGAAUUACAGGGUACAAGGCAAUGAAACCAGUUCUGCUGCGUGACAGGACAUUCAAAAUUAUUUGGGCUGUAAAGCUUCAUUGAGGAGCAAAUUUGAAGUUGCUGUGUGAAACAGCUGGUUUUACUAUGUUAAUCUGGUAUUAAAACAAUAAAUUAUGUUUUCUGUAAGUGGUCCAAAGAUAUUUAAUGAGAAUUUCAGUGCAUAAAAUGGGAUUUUUUUGUCACCUGAUAAUGAAACCUCUUACCAGUACUACCUAUACAUACUAACUUCCUGCAGCAUCAGAUGCAAGUCUGCAUGCUAUUUCAUAGUGAUUGUGUGAGUGCAUGUUACCCUAAUUUUGAAAACUAAUAGAUCUGUUGUGCUUUCAGAAAAUUAAAAACAGGCCCAUAAAUGUAUAUUAAAGUCAUCUUAUAGCACUGGCCUGAUAUUAGAACUGCCAGAGAGGUACAGUGUGACAAUCUGAUUAUUUCCAUGAGGACAUGUUACAUUUAUAAAUACAUAAUUAUUCUGUAUUCUGCAUAUAUAAAAAGAAAAUCAAAUGUAGGAAGAAGAGAUACAGAAUCAAAGGUUCCCAGGGAUUAAUCUUUCCAUUUAUUUUGUAUACUUAAAACUUGUUUGAAUCCAUUAAAUAUUACACACCCAUGAGAAAUCUUGUAGCAUUACAGUAUACUGUAUAUACAGUAUGCAGUAUACUUGAGCAUAUUUCAACAGCUGAGUAAAUACUCUGACUUGCUGAGACUCCUCUGAAAGAAUGAAUUAACCAUUGACUGCUUACUUAAACUUUUCUGAUUCUGUUCAUCAGCACAAAAAUACGCUUUCUUACAUUUUUUUUUUGCACAGCCUGAAAGCUCUUCACUUUAGCUGUGAGGCAGUUUAGGAGACAUGGCUAUCAAGAGAUAAAUGCUUGCCAAGGAUCAGAGGGAAUUUGGAUUUACCUUAAAAUUAGAGAGGGCCUCCCAAAUAUGCAGCUGAUUUGGCAUGUUCAAAAUAAGAUUGAGCUCUUUUUUGAAUCCGGUUAAGUCAUUGCAUUUAAACAGAAAUUACUAUUUCCAGUGAAAGACUUGUGAGACUGAAGUCCAGUGAAAGACUUGUGAGACUGAAGUCCAGUAAAAAGAGGGUUACCUCAAAAUACUGAGUACAGUAACUUUGGCUUAAUCAUGCUCCUUGCCCUACAACUUCAGGUGAUAGUUGUCUGGCAUGCAAAUAAGCUAAUUGGGUUUACUUGGAAGUAAUAUAAGGAAAGGCCUGUUCUUCAGGCAGCACAGCAGGGGAGAGAAAGGUGGAUGCAGAAAGCCAGUUUCUUUCCUUUAUUCUGACUGUGAUUUAUAGUGCUUUGACCAGGAGGAGACCUUUGUACUCAUUGUAUUUCGCUCCCAGUUGCCCUAACAAUAACUAAUUGGAUAUAUUUAUUAAGAGGUGUGAGUGAUGCACAAAAGCAUCAAGUAGUCAUGUGAAAAUUCAGUGUUCUUAAUGUGACACACCAGGAAAAUUACACACGCCAUCAACUCCCCAUGAAACCUGUGACUAAAGAGAACAAUUGCUUUUUCAUUUAGGAAAGAAAUGUGAAACUGUCUUAAGCAAUCACCUGCCUUAAGCAAUGGGUCAUGGAAAAAUAAUAAAGGGGAAGCCAAAGUGAGCACAUGGAACAUGGGGCCAGGACUGGAAUGGACAAUUUUCCCGGAUUUUUCUUUCCCUCUCUUUUCCUAGCCUCCCUCCCCAGUCCUUUUCCCCUCCUGUAGUUGGGAAUGUAUAUGUGUUGGUUUUUUUCUUGUGGAGCUGGCUCAGCUAAGCGUGAGAGAAGCGCUGUGGAGGAGCAAGGUGAAAGUAGCUGUGGCCUCUUAACUAAUAUAGGAAUCUUGUACAGUUUUUAUUAAUAAAAUCUUUGCAUUUUCCCAGUUCAUUAAGGCUCCAAAACAUUUCUGGGUGGUGGUGUUAGUUCUCGCUCAUCUUAGCUGAGCAGUAAACCGGAACAAACUGGUGAACUGUAGUAGCAUUCCAUCAUUGGAUGCUUAUAGUGGAGGCUUUUUAUGUUGCAAAGGUGCUUGGAUGCCAUCAGGAAAAAUUAGAUGCUCUGUCACCUUUCUUUCUUUUGAAGAAACAGGAUCUUUCUCUAAAUGAUAGGUGAAUCAUCAUUGAGACAGAAAUUGCAAAGAUUAUGGGACAGAAUGAGCAAGAAAAUGCGCAUGGUCCAGGAGUUCUUACCCUUGGUUAUAUUUCUAGCCUGUCUAAUAAGGUUAAUUUUUCUAAAAUAAAAACAAAUUUGUUGGACUGCAAAUGGUCAUUUCAUUGGCCUAAACAGGAAGGGAUGAGUCAGAAUUCUAUUCUGAUAGUUUUUGUGUCCGGCACUUUUCCAGGAAAUAUUUGGAGGAUCAAAGGCUGUGUUUUGCAGACACUGAACACAAGAAGCCUGUAUUUAGCUGUUUUAAUUACACAUUUUUUUAAGUUCCAUCGCAGGACUUAAUGUCUUCUUUUUCUUUUUUACAGUGCUUGAGUAUAUAAUCGUGUUAGGAAGCUGCAGAUUUAAAAUGAAGCAGGAAGUAGCAGUGUCAUCACUUCAGCUGAUUGUUUCCCUUGUGCUGGAGUGUAUUAACUAAGUAAUGCUUCACUUGGCUGUGCAGAGCCAAUUGCAUCCUCAAGGACAUGAGGCAUGCCUGAAGAUGAGUCAUUACCUUUGGUACAGCACAAGAGGUAUGAUACGCAGUCUCAGCAAGCGUUUGUCCAUUGAAGUUGGUUAAUAACCUAUAGCCCUCUCCCGUGGCAAGAUGCCAUAAAUCAAUCCUUUGUGCAUUCAGCAAACAGAACGGCUGCUGUAUCAACUGCCUCUUCAGUAUCAUCCCUUUAUUCCGAUUCCUAGAGAGAAUCUCUCUGCAAAGAGAUUUUUCAUGUCGUAGACCUCCCUGUCCGCCCCACUUCCUUGAGAGCAUUCCAGAGGCAGCAGUCACAGGGUAGCCAUUAAAACUAGGGGAGAAACACCACAGGGUUUUAUGUAAGUGACUGCAACCUCCUCUAGACCUCCUCAAGAUUUGGAGAACCUAUAAAAUCUCAGGGCCAGCACCUGGGAAAUAACUUCCUCCUGGGGAAAACGGAUGGGACCAGUCAGGAAAAUUACACGAGACUGAAUUCUACAGCGUUUACCCCGCUAUCACUUCUUAUUUUUUUGUUGGAGGUAAAGCAACAGCUGAAAAAGCAGUUUUUCCUCUAUCAGGAGAUGUAAAGUGGCUUUGGUGCCAUUCCAAUCCAUAUGGCAAAGGAUUCCUUUUCCUUGACUCCUGUGGCAGUCCUCAGUGCAACGCCUGAUUAGUUAAGGCCAUGGGCAAGAGGGAGCUACCUUGUAAUAGGCAGAAGUUAUUAGAGGAAGGUGUUGUCAAGCCUCCGUGGGGUAACAGUGAUCACUGCACACUUUUAGUUUUGAUAUCAUGAAAGAGUUGUUCCCUUAGGGACAGCACAGUAAAAACGAACUUUAAAAGGGCAGAUUAUAAAACUAUGAGGAAAAUGGUUAACAGCAGGCUGAAGGGCAAAGAGAAGUACUUAAAAACCAUAGAGAUCUGCCUGGAGGCUAUUUAAGAACAUCGUAGUAGAGGCACAGAUGGUUUGUAUACCUCUGAGCAAAAACAGCGUAUGAGGAAGAAUGAAACUCACAGGGCUACAUGGGAGAAAAGCGUGAGUAUAGAAAGGUUGAAAACAUGUCCCUUAAAAAUGACGACUGUCUGAAAGGCAGACUCGGAAACGUUAUCAGAAGAGCAGAAAGAGCUGGAAAGUGUCACUGCUAAGAAAAAGACUGUAGCAGCCACUGACUUUGGAUCCCCAGGAUGAAACACCGAGUGAUUCUAAUAAUGUCCUGAGCAGUUUGCCUUUGAAAACUGGGCUACUCCAGAUGAGACUUCACCAGAAAAAAAAGGAUGCUCUUAAGCUGUGUUAGCUAGCACAGACCAAAAUCUCAAUAAAGCCACAGCAGUCUGCAGUUUUAGUAUGUCACCAGGCCAAAUUUAAGAGUAAAGGAGCCCAUUCAAACAUUGUCUCUCUGUAUUAGGACUUUAAUUUCACCUUGUGUUAGAUUCAGUGCCAAAAAUGAUGUUUUUAUUCCUUGCCAAAGAAGGUAGAGAUAAAAAAAAUCAAACACUCCUAAAAACUCUAAUUUUAGUAAAAGCAAAAAGCCUGCAUUUGUUCUGGUAGAGAUUUGGGUUGGGAGGGAGACUGAUAAGGAUGUAGCUAGGUUUGCAGAGCUUUUUUGCACCAACGUGUAAUUGGGCAGAUGCAGCAUUUUGUUGUCAUGUAUCUGAGAACAGGAACACGCCAAUUAUAAACUAGAAGGGGAACAUCUCAAGUAUCACAAAUCUGACGAUGUGUGCAAAACAAGUGUCCUUGUGAAAUCAAUGGAAGUUAUUUUUCUGGUUUAAAACCAAGGAAAGGCGGGGAAGGUUAGCACAACUGUUUUGGCAAUAAAAACUUGAUGCACGCAGUCUCAGUGGCACUGGAGCCCUGGCAUCUAGGCUGUUUUAUUCUGCCCUGUUAAAUUGAAACAAACAAUUCAGCUGCCCGAGUUUCUUGUUUUCUCCUCUGACAUGCCAGCUAUCUCGAGAGAAGAGAUUAGGCAUUGUUCUGAUCAGUGCCACAGCAGCAGCAGCAGUUUUGUAAUUUACGGGCUGCAUAAAAUUUAUGGAGCACUGAGAAGAACUUAAAUCAAUUUUAUGAUUUUCAUAAAUCAUUGCAGGCAACCAUGUUUGUGUAGAAAGCUGGUGAUGUUUGAGCUGUUUAUCCAAUGGACAACAUUCAAACCAGGGAUUUUCAAAGGCACCUGUGGGAAUUAUGUGUUUGAGUCUGAUGGGAGUUAGAAGACUUGCUCCUUUGAGCUACUUAGUAUUCCACUAUUAAUUUUUAAUCGUGCCAAAUUGUUUCAAAUACUUGGUAAAAAUCAAAAUUAGAGGAAGGUCAAAUUCAGAGCAAUUCUAAAAUUUUAUUUAAAUGCCUAAUGUGCUUAUAAACAGGGAGUGGGUAACUCCUAAUUCUAUUUCAGGUGAAUAACCCACUGUGGCACUUGAAGAGUUAACCCUUUCCUUACCACAGUGUCUUUUGGAGUUGUUGUUUAGGCCCCGUAACUGUGAGGAACCUUGUUCUCUCUCUGCUUGCUGCUGUACCUGCAAAUUACUCCAGCUGCUACAGAGAAGGAUCUACCUGUAGAGCAGAAAGAGAAACAAUAUGUGGUUCCUCAUAGCGCAUUUCAAGAUUAUAUAAUAAAACAAAUACAAUUCCAUACAUUACAGAUAUGAAUAGAGCUUAAACUUUCCUUCUGGACAACUAACCGAGGUGAAGCUGGUAAAAUACAGUUCCCAUUUCAUCCUAACUUGGGUAUUAUUGGUGAUAGAAAGAACCCUCCCCUCACUGGGUACUAUGCCCAUCAGGAUACAGGUUGGAGACCUUUCAUCAUAUUGGGAUACCUCUGAGCUAUAACA